AAAAAUCAAAAAUGUUAUGAUCCUCAGUCAUAUUACACAAACUAAUGCUACAUUUAAAAUUUCAACAGCUUCAGAUCACUGGAAGCAUUUUUCAAAAAAAAUUAAAAUAAAAUAUUUCAAAACCAUUAUUUGAAAGUCAUGAUCACUGAACGGUAAUGACCAUCUGCCGAAUUGGUCUGCCGGAAGCCGGAGAUUAUUGCUAAGCAUGAAACUGACAAAUAUUGGCGCUGGUGUUAUCGGGUAUUUACCGCAUCGAGCACCUGCACGUGCGGACAAUUGCAUUAAAGCGUGUGGUUUCCUGUGACGUCAGUGGGGAACGCGCAUUUGGGGAGGAGACAGUGAUCAGCAGUCUCCUGCCGCGUUUGCCCAUUUAUUUAACAUAGAGUAGUCAUCGGAUAGCAUCAUGCCUACACGUACUGGAUUCUAAAUCUUUGUUAAUCAAAUUACAUCGACAUGUGAUCCCGAAUCUCGAGCGGUAUAUAUAUAAGACCAAUAUUUGAUGCAUCAUGAAGCAAUAAUUUGUAUAGAAGUUUUGGACCGUAAGGAAAUUUAGCUAACAUGUACGAAAAGGGUUCAACCGACGUUCCAUACACGGCAGGUGCCGGCAACAACACAACCGCCGUCGAGGAAGAUGAGUUUGGGGCGCCACCAUUUCGGCGAUUUCGUUUUAUUUAUUUCAUUCUUCUCAGUGUUUUAGCCACCUGCGGAAGCGUUUAUCUUUUCCUUGCUUUGUUGAGGAAGGGUUUCUUUAAAAUACAUUUCUACUUAUUUGUUGGGCAUCUCUCUAUUAUCUAUUUCAUUUUUGGAAUCUUUAUUAUACCUUUCUACAUUGCAAUGUUCACGCUAGAGGGAUACUGGCCUUUCGGCGUGGGUCUUUGCAUCACGUUUAACAUUGUGCACAAUGUAUGCGUGUAUGAAAUGUUAGCAACAGUCGUUCUAAUAGCUGCAGACCGGCUGUGGGCGAUGCAAUGGCCGCACCAUUAUCGGGCAAAACGCACUUUUGGAAACAUGGUUGUUACACUGGGCUUGUCUUGGAUAUAUUGUUGCUUUACAGUUUUCCCCACCGUAAUUCACGAUCGAAUCACACAAUCGUACGCAGCGACCGUGUGCGACAUUGCAAUUACUCCCAAUUUCCAGUACUGGACAGCUACGAUCACAAUGGGAUUUCUCAUACCAUCCGUGCUGGCGUUGUGCAUCUAUGGCACUAUUUUCUACAUCGCUCUUGUCCGUAUCUUCAGAAAGCGAUCCAAAGUGUUUACAGUGGCAACAACAACGAAUCCAACUAGCCAAGUCACGUCUCAUUACGAUAACAAUGAACCAGAGCUCAAAGAAGCUGCGGAUUCACGUAAUAAGAGGAAAGGGUCAAGGACACCACCGCAUCCUGGCAUCGUGUCAGGGGCCACUUCGCGCAAACCCGGAGAUUACUCUACAGAAAAAACUGCCGGCGGCACAUUGGUUCGGCAAAACACAGAACGCGAGCAGCGAGUUCUGUUCGUAAUGUUGGUGGUGAUGGUCAAUUUUAUUGUGUGCUUACUGCCCUAUGCUACCUACUGUGUCCUGUGGUUCUACAACUUAAUGGCACCAAAUCGGUAUUUUUUCACCGUUGGCCAUUUGCUGCUUUUCAGCCAUCCUGUUCUAGACACAUUCGCAUUUAUUUUUACGAACAAAGAACUGCGCCAGCCACUUCGUUUUUGGAAAUGAUCAUGGCAUGCUCUAGAGUACUGAAAUGCCGGUUAUCUAAUUAACUGGACGAUCCCUUGUAUAAUGAUAGUGCACUGCCCGCACUAAUAGCCCCUUGCCAAUCCCCUUGACGCGCUGUGCAUUUUGCAUGCAUGCAGAUUUUGGAAUUCGCUUUUCCGUUUUCUGCAUUAUGGUCCUUAUAUUUAGCUACUUACACUAAUGACUUUUACGCUAUCAUUAAGAGAUCUGCAAACAAUUUCGUGAUUGGACGGAUAUGCCGCUUGUUGGGCAUGCAAAACACUUCCCGGAAUCCUGCUGCAAAACUGGACGCUGCACGCUACUCCAACAUUUGCAUGCAAAAGCAUAAUAGUAAUCGGCGUGUACGUUCUUUGUAAUCGGCGUUUCAUAUUUGCCAACGUCUGUACCUGGAUUGAUAUUAAACAUACU